CCUCACCUCAUAAUCGUGAGUAUUCAUCUCUUCACAUCGUAUUUUUUCUCUCUCGGAUCGGAAAACCACGACCGGCGUCGUCGUUCGUGUUCCCGACGUAGUUCACCGGCAAGGAUUUCUUAGGGUUCUUAAGGUGAAAUUUCAAGUGGGUGAUUGUGUGAUUACGUAGUUUCUAUCUGACAAUGUCAGAUUCCGGUGAACCCAAAACAUCGCAGCAAGAAGAAUCUCAACCUGCUGGGCAAGAGUCUCAGUCUCAACAAGUUUGUACUUUCUUCAAGAAGCCAUCGAAAGCUAAAAACAUUAGGAAAAGAACGGCUGCGGCAGAUGAAGAGGACGGAGAUUCGAGAAGCGAAAGCUCCAUACUACACAACCUAAAGAAAAUUGCCAAACCCGAUAGUAAGUUAUUCUUCUCCUCUGGACCAUCCAAGAGCACUGGUACGACGAGUGAAGCUCCCGUCUUUCACUACGAUUCAUCCAAGGAGAUCCAGGUUCAAAACGACAGUAGAGCGACGGCGACUCUAGAAACCGAAACCGACUUCAAUCAGGAUGCACGAGCUAUCCGUGAGAGAGUUCUUAAACGAGCAGACGAAGCUUUGAAAGGGAACAAAAAGAAGGCUUCGGAUGAGAAACUGUAUACUGGAAUUCAUGGAUAUACAGAUCACAAAGCUGGCUUUAGAAGAGAGCAAACUAUCUCGAGCGAGAAAGCUGGAGGUUCGCACGGGCCAUUGAGAGCUUCUGCUCAUAUCAGAGUAUCGGCUAGAUUCGAUUACCAGCCAGAUAUCUGCAAGGAUUACAAAGAAACCGGAUACUGUGGGUAUGGAGAUUCUUGUAAGUUCUUGCACGACCGUGGGGAUUACAAACCGGGAUGGCAGAUAGAGAAAGAGUGGGACGAGGCAGAGAAAGUGAGGAAGAGAAAUAAAGCUAUGGGAGUUGAGGAUGAAGAUGACGAUGACAACAGCAGCGACGAAGACGAUGAUGCAUUGCCAUUUGCUUGCUUCAUAUGCAGAGAGCCUUUCGUCGAUCCAGUUGUCACCAAAUGCAAGCAUUACUUCUGUGAGCACUGUGCUUUAAAGCAUCACACGAAGAACAAGAAGUGCUUUGUGUGUAACCAACCAACGAUGGGUAUUUUCAAUGCAGCACAUGAGAUCAAGAAGAGAAUGGCUGAAGAACGGAGUAAAGCUGAAGGAUUGUGAAGUUUUUCACAAGCCAAAACCAAAAACUCUUGAGGAAAGCUUUUUGUUUGUACUGUACUCGUUGACCUAUAUUAUGAUGGUCUUUAAAGAUUGGGCCUUGUUUGGCCCGUUUAUCGGUGUCGUUUCUUUCGUUUUUCGUGUGUUCUUAAUAAAUGAGUGUUAGAUUGGGCUAAAUUAAUUUUUAAAACUAAUUUGAAAAAUAAGUCGUGGUCACGGUUAUAUUCGAAUUAAACCGAAGUUUGGUAUGACAUUAAAAU